GGGAAUAAAAAAAAUAUAUUUCCGUGCAUAUCGCUUUAUCCUGCUGCUGACAAAAUUCUACGCGAUACACAGGGGCCGUCUCUUCAAAUUAUAGCAGUUACAUCUUAAGUGAAAAUAAACAAACGAAGUUAAUCAUUUGAUAUUGAACUUCCUGAUGUGAAUAGCUCUUAUUGGAAUCUUGAUGAUCGGACACUUCCUGUUGGCAGCUGCAGUUCUCUCUCGCGGAGGAGACGGGAAUCUCGGCCCUAAUGUGCAAAAUCGCUCGUUGCCUAAUAUCUGCAGAAUAACGGUCAUUUCCUCUUGAGUGGGCUUGUUGCCAGUUUUGACAACAGGCUGUAAAUAGUGUAUUGCUGUGUAAACCAGCUACGUAUGUAUGAGGUUGAGUCCAUGGCAUGCUGUGCUUACUGUGGACAGCGAAGAACAAGUGCAUUGGAACAAUACAUCAAGAGGCUUGUAUUAGGUCAGUGAGUUAAAGUUACUGAUCCUUCCACUUGAUCUUGGUCAUGAACAAGGAUCGUCCACAUUUGGUAAAGGAAGAAAUGAUGAACAGGAAUGUGUAACCUAUUGAAAUAUACAGACACAGCAUUUGGCGAAGAGCUGCGGUGUGUUUUGAUCGGUUGAUUCGUGCGGAGCUGCAGACGUCAGGAUGAAAUUCAACGAGAAGAAUGUAUCUUACUUUGCAUCAUGCAAUUCGCCAGUCGAUAAGACUGGAUCUUUACUCAAGAAAGCGGAUAAUCACCGCAACUUUCAAAAGCGCUGGUUUGUGCUGAAAGGCAAUUUGCUCUUCUACUAUGACAAGGAAGGGGACAAGGAACCCCAAGGGGUCAUUAUCCUGGAAGGAUGUCGAGUGGAGCUUGCUGACCUGGAGGACUGCCUGUACUGCUUUCAGAUUUCUUUCUCUCUGAAGGAUUCACGGACGUAUGUCAUGGCAGCCACCAGCCAGGAAGAGAUGGAGUCUUGGAUGAAGGCCUUGUCUUGCUCCAGCUAUGACUACAUGAAAGCCAUGGUGGACGAGCUUCAGAAACAGCUCGACGAUCUUUCACAUGGAAAUAGUGAAAACUCUCCCGCUAUGGUUAUCCGGACAUCGGUCAUUCAGAGUUCUGAGGUCCCUGAGGCAGAUGGUGCAACAGGCAGAUCGGCACCUAGUUCUAUUCCUGCAAUACCCGAACAUGUCUUGGAAUUACCCCCGAAGCAAAACAUGAGCACGUACGAGCGGGGCAAGACGGAAUCACUUGCUCAUAAGGGGGCUCCUCGUCAGAGUGCCUAUCAAAGAAAUUCAUUGCCAUUUAACAAUUACAGUAACCCCUCUUAUGACAUUUGGGACCCCCUUGUUUCUUCAAGCAAAAAUCCACCUGAACAAUCAAAUGGAGCUGCAAAGCCGAUACCCCAAUUUGUAGUCGAGCAAGAUAGCAGUGAUAGUGAGGAUGACGAAGUAAAGCCAUCAGAUUCUGCAAACAACUCUAACAAGAAUGCCCAAACAGACUAUAAGGCUGACCAGACCGACGGUCAGCAUGUGUCUAGGUUAGCAUCAAAAGGUCGCAAGGUCAUGUCUGUAUUCUAUGAAAAUCUCAACAUGCCUCUCAUGUCGGGGUCCAGCGAUACCAGUCCCAGACUCACCAGGAAGAGUGUGUUUGGCCGGGGAGGCAACGCCGCUGCACAGGGUCCCAAGCAGGCCCAGGCUGGACAGUCCGUCUUCCAUGUCCACAACGAAAAUGUCAGAACUUUCUCAGACAUGCACGAGGAGUUUGGAAUGCUUAUUGUGAGAAAGAUGAAUUUGUUCCGUCAGAGGAAAACUUCAGGAUCAUCUUGAACUUAGGUGACUAAUAGUUGACUUGGAAGCUUCAAAAGUUCCAGUUUCUAUCAUUUAUAUGUAUUCUUGUGAAUGGACGAAGUCCAGUAGAACAUGAGCUGUGUCGUUGUCUUGACCAUUUCAAAUCCGAUGUCGACUCUGUGUUUAGACCAUUGAUAUAAAAAAACCUGGAUAGAGCAACAACACACUAUUUUCUCUUGUGUGUGCUUGUGCAUGUUGUUUCUUACGUGUUGGUAUGGCCCCCACAUACUGUUAAUUGUGUCAUGGAGUAUUUUUUAUUCAGCUUCAAGGUUGUUUGUGCAGCAGCAUACACAGAGCUCUAUCUAAUUGUUUUAUAUCAAUGGUUUAGAUCUGUUAUGUCUGCCAGGGCAGUGUUUCACAAUGUUGUAAUAGUUGCACUCUACACUUGUUUUCCUUUCUUAGAUCCUACAUUAGAUUUUUAAUUAUUUUGUUUCCCAUCAGCUUAAGUUGAAAUCUGAUAUUUGUUGAUUAUAAUUCUAAUUUUUUAUCUGAUUGGAUAAGUUCAAUCAUUUUCAAGGUUUGAUGAGGAUUACAGUAUUAAAAAAGAAAGAGAAAAUAAGGGUAUAUGUACAUCUCAUUUUGUACAAGGAAGGGUUAUUAGUCAUACAUUUUUGUGUAACUUUCAAACAGGUUUCUGAAACCACCCUGGGUCAGCUUCUAAUAAUAGACCUACAUGUAUUCAUAACAUGUAGCCUAUAUUCAAAUUUACAUAAUUAAAACAAAUGUAUUGUUCUUGGCAAGCUAAAAGCUUGCAAGACAAAGCAACUUGUAAGUGACGUGGAGCAUUUGCCACAUUAAACCCUUGAAAAAUACACUGCUUCCUUACAUAAAGUAUAUAGAAAAAAGUCUGACAUUUUUAUUUGAAGUAAAAAGAAAAUAGAUGACUUGUUUAAGAUACAUGUAGAAGUAUAUUUUGUGAUAUGUGUGUAUGAGGUUGUUGAACAAGAUACAUUUGGCUAAGUGUAUAAGUUUAUAUUGAUUAGAAUGUGAAUUUCUAAGAGGCAAGAUCAGAGCAACAUAAUACAAAAUGGCCUUGCACUGGAUUGGUUUUGGCCAUGAGGGGGGGUGAAUUUUAAGCAGGAAUUCUUACUUCAGGAAUAGUUUUGUACCCCCCUUCCCCUUCUGUCUAUUACGACCAUGUUUACAAAGAUAACUGUAUACAACAUGCUACUGUACGCAUUAUAUUCAGCACUUUGGCUGUUAUUUCUGGCUUGUGUAAAAGACAUAUAUUCAAACAAGACUGUGUGCUAGAACACCCUGGAGUUUAGUUAUGUACCUUGAACAUCAUUGGAAUCUCAUCAUUUGUUUUUCAUCUCGGUCUGAAAGUCUUUCCCCAGUACACGUACCUGUAUUGAAAACUUAAUCAGUUUAAAUACACAGAACAACAGGUAAAAUGCAGAGUAAAAGCUCUGUAUUUAAAGUUUUUAAUGAUACAUGUAGUUUUGUUAUGGCAAUUUUUAU